GUGUCAGUGUUGCCGGUUCCCUCCGCCGUCUCACACACCGGUCGCGGUUUGAAGAGGGCGCCCGGCGGAGCUCAGGCCCUGACGUCUCCUCAUCAUGUGAAUCGCAGCGGUUUCCCAGAGUGCAGUGUGCGCUUUGCCCCACCCCGUGUCUCAGCCCUCAUUUCCAAGCCGUGAGAAAUAAGAGCAAAAUACUGCAAGGAGCAGCAGCCGCCGCGGUACCCCCUCCUUCCUUCCUCCACCACCGGGGCACCCCAACAUCCCCCCCGCCUCCAGGGACACCAGCCGGGGGGGGAGGAGGACAAGUCCAUCCACAAAAGCAAGCAAAAGGGGGGUCCUGCACCACAUCGGAAAUCCUUCCCGGAGGCCCCCCAAUAAUCAGGAUUAUACCAUCGUACACCCCCCCUCGUCUUGCUGGAUUACUCUACAGGAGCUGAUUCUAGAGGGGGGUUGGUGGUGUGCACCGUGACCCGGAGAAGCCAAGCACACCACCGGCACCGCUGACCCCCCCUGCCUCCUCUCUGAUGAUCACCGGGCCUGGAGGCUUAGUACCGGGGCUCCUCGGUUUGGGGGUCCCCGUCCGGCAGAAUUGAUUAACCCAUUCAGUGCCAAACUAUUCCCUUCCCCCCCGUUUGCCAUUACCUGGCCGCGCCCCCUACCGGUGACAUUGCGGGCUGCCCCCCUCCUCUUCCCUAUCCGCUGAUCAAUAUCGGGGUGCUCCCCCCGGUGUGUCUUGCCCCCCUCUCCUCCCACCGUACCGUUUGAUCAGACACCGAGUGGAGAUACCGGGCCACCAUUUUAAGACAGGAAGAAGCUGGCGAGAGGGGGAGGCGGCACCCUGACAUCCCCCCCUUCUUCUCGCCACUAUUAGGGGGCCCCCUUUGCAAAUGGUGAAUUUGGGGGCGUGUGACCCCCGGGCGGCCAUGACUGACACCCCCCGGGCGGAUUAGUCGGGCCUCCGUUACUAUCACCGGGGGGUGGGGGUCAGUAAGGGGGGAGGCCGCUGCCGGUUGAGCUGUGCGGUUUUUGUCGCGUUGUUUUAUCGGGGAGGGGGAGAUUUUUAUCGCGUGCCCGGAGGGGGGGGACGGGGAGGGCCGCGGCCUAGUUGUUUGUUUUGCCUCCUCCGUCCCGAGCGGGUUUUCCUGAGCGCAUAGGCCGGGUGGCAGUGAGCGGUCAGUGACGGGCGGAGCGCUCGGUGAGCUGUGCGAGGAGGCCCUGCCGGGGAGCCGAGGAGGAGGAUGGGCUGUCUGGGGAACAGUAAGACGGAGGACCAGCGCAAUGAGGAGAAGGCGCAGCGGGAGGCCAACAAGAAGAUCGACAAGCAGCUGCAGAAGGACAAGCAGGUGUACCGGGCCACGCACAGGCUGCUGCUGCUGGGUGCUGGAGAGUCGGGGAAAAGCACAAUUGUGAAGCAGAUGAGAAUUCUUCAUGUGAAUGGAUUUAAUGCAGAGUAA